UCUUCGGUGUCAAAGUUGACAUCAGCCCCGGAGCCGAGUUGAAUGCGAGCCUCUUGUCUGAACCGGAGAGCGAGCUCACAUCAUUCAGUGGCGCAUGCUUUACGGAGUUAUGUACCUCGCGCUGUCUUGCCCUCUGAACUGCCUGCCGUCAUGGAUUGCAAACCGCGCGCGAAACCACUACUACUUUGUAUUUUUCUGUUCAUCUUGUCGUUUAUUUGCCCAGCACUUCUGAUCAUCCACCCGUCCAAUGAAGUGAACCUGUUGGACUCCAAAGCCAGCCAGGGGGAGCUGGGAUGGAUCUCCUACCCAUCACACGGGUGGGAGGAGAUCAGCGGAGUUGACGAGCACUACACUCCCAUCAGGACCUUCCAGGUGUGUAACGUGAUGGAGUACAGUCAGAACAACUGGCUGAGGACCAACUGGAUCCCCCGCCAGUCAGCCAAGAAGAUCUACGUGGAGCUAAAGUUCACCCUGAGAGACUGUAACUCCAUCCCCCUGGUCCUGGGGACCUGCAAGGAGACCUUCAACCUGCUGUACCUGGAGACGGAUGAGGACCAGGGCAGCCGCUUCAGAGAACACCAGUUCUCCAAGAUCGACACCAUCGCUGCAGACGAGAGCUUCACUCAAAUGGACCUGGGGGACCGCAUUCUGAAGCUCAACACGGAGGUCCGGGAGGUGGGGCCUGUUACCAAGAAGGGCUUCUACCUGGCGUUCCAGGACGUGGGGGCGUGUGUGGCCCUGGUGUCAGUCAGGGUGUACUUUAAGAUGUGCCCGUUCAUUGUUAGGAACCUGGCCUCAUUCCCUGACACGGUGCCCAUGGACUCUCAUUCAUUGGUGGAGGUGAAGGGCUCGUGUGUCAAUCACUCAAAGGAGCAGGAGCCACCACGUAUGUACUGUAGCACAGAGGGAGAGUGGCUAGUUCCCAUAGGGAAGUGUCUGUGUAACGUCGGCUAUGAGGAGAGAGGGAGCUCCUGCCAAGCAUGCAGAGCAGGGUUCUAUAAGUCUCUGCUGGGUAACGUCCAGUGUUCUAAGUGUCCACCCCACAGCUUCACCCAUCAUGAGGGAGCUCUACACUGUGGCUGUGAGAAAAACUACUUCCGCGCUGAUGGAGACCCGCCAUCUACGGCCUGCACACGUCCUCCCUCAGCUCCUCGUAAUGUGAUCUCAGUCAUCAACGAAACCUCAGUGAUUUUGGACUGGUCCUGGCCAGAGGACACGGGAGGUCGUAAGGAUGUCACCUUCACCGUGCUGUGUAAGCUCUGCAGGCCUGGCCAGAGGGUGUGUGAGGCAUGUCGCAGCAAUGUGCGGUUCCUCCCCCGUGCUGCGGGCCUGCAGAACACUACCGUAACCGUGGGAGACCUGCUGGCUCACACCAACUACACUUUCGAGAUUGAGGCUCAGAAUGGAGUGUCCCAGUUAGCCCCAACCAUGAGGCAAUAUGCUGCGGUGACCAUCACUACCAACCAAGCAGCCCCUUCUCCUGUGACUGUGAUCAGGAAGGAUCGCACGUCUCGUAACAGCAUCUCUCUGUCCUGGCUGGAACCAGAGAGACCCAAUGGCAUCAUACUGGACUACGAGGUCAAAUACUACGAGAAGCAGGAGCAGGAGACCAGCUACACCAUCCUGCGCUCUAAGGGUUGUAACGUGACGUUAAGCGGUCUGAAGGCAGACACCUCCUACCUGCUCCAGAUCAGGGCCAGGACUGCAGCAGGAUAUGGAGCCAGCAGCAGGAGCUUUGAGUUUGAGACCAGCCCUGACUCAUUCUCUAUCUCCAGUGAGAGUAGUCAGGUGGUGUUGAUAGCCAUCUCCUCCGCUGCGGCCAUCAUCCUGCUCACUGUCCUCCUCUACAUCGUGAUUGGCAGGUUCUGUGGCUACAGGAGGUCUAAACACCCUGAUGAGAAGAGACUGCACUUUGGCAAUGGACACUUGCGUCUGCCAGGUAUAAGGACCUACGUAGACCCUCACACCUAUGAAGACCCCAGUCAGGCCGUCCAUGAGUUUGCCAAGGAGCUGGAUGCUUCCUGUAUCGCCAUCGACAAGGUGGUGGGAGCAGGUGAGUUUGGGGAGGUGUGCAGCGGUCGUCUGCGUCUGCCCAGUAAGAAGGAGAACUGUGUGGCCAUCAAGACUCUGAAGGCAGGAUACACCGACAAACAGAGACGGGACUUCCUGUCUGAAGCGUCCAUCAUGGGGCAGUUUGACCAUCCAAACAUCAUCAGGCUGGAGGGAGUGGUCACCAGGAGUAAACCUGUGAUGAUAGUAACUGAAUACAUGGAGAAUGGAUCCUUGGACAGCUUUCUGAGAAAACACGAUGCCCAGUUUACUGGUAUCCAGUUGGUGGGCAUGCUGCGUGGCAUUGCGUCAGGCAUGAAGUACCUGUCUGACAUGGGCUACGUCCACAGAGACCUGGCCGCCCGCAACAUUCUGGUCAACAGCAACCUGGUGUGUAAGGUGUCUGACUUCGGCCUGUCCAGAGUCCUGGAGGACGACCCCGAGGCUGCUUACACCACGCGGGGAGGUAAGAUCCCUAUCAGGUGGACAGCUCCAGAGGCUAUCUCCUACAGGAAGUUCACCUCGGCCAGCGACGCCUGGAGCUAUGGCAUCGUGCUCUGGGAAGUGAUGUCAUAUGGGGAGCGGCCUUACUGGGAGAUGUCCAAUCAGGACGUUAUCAAAGCAGUAGAUGAGGGCUACAGACUGCCUCCUCCUAUGGACUGUCCUGCUACUCUGUACCAGCUGAUGUUGGACUGCUGGCAGAAGGAGAGGAACAACAGACCCAAGUUCGAACAGAUCGUCAGCAUCCUGGAUAAACUCAUACGCAACCCUGGGAGCCUGAAGAUCACAGCCAACACCUCACCCAGGCCAGCCAACCUGCUCCUGGACAGGAGUAGUUCCGAGGUGGUUCAGUCAUUGGGAACAAUGGGGGAUUGGCUGGACAACGUGAGGACUCUGCCCUGUAAGGAGGCCUUCUCUGGGGUCAGCUACAGCUCCUGUGACACCCUGCCCAAGACCUCCGCAGAAAUCUGUCUGACGGAGGUCCAGCACCACGUCACAGCAGCCACCUGCCCAGAGUGGGAGCCUUCAAUGGGGAUCACCACCCUCUAACCCCCCCCCCCCUCCUCCUCCUCCCUUCAAACUCCAGAGACAACGGAUGGGACCUAAAGAAGGUUGGUGUGACUAUCGUCGGCCCCCAGAAGAACAUUGUGAGCAGCAUCAAAGCACUAGAGAGCCACAGUAAGAACGCCCCUGUCCCAGUGUAACUCGACCGAGCCACUAGAGACUGGCUGUCUGGCUGACUGGCUGCCCUCUGGGCCCCGUUCCAAUCUGAAUGAAACCCCUCUGGGCCCUGUUCCAAUCUGAAUAAAGCCCCUCUGGGCGACGUUCCAUUCUGAAUGAAGCCCCUCUGGGCUCCGUUCCAAUAUGAUUUAAAGCGUCUCCCCUUCAGACCUCUGUGAACGUUUCAAUGACGUUCCUUCCACAAGGGAGGCUUCCCUUUGCGAGGGGUAGUGAUGGGGAGAGGAGGGCCUCAUUGGAUUAGAACAGCCCUCUGAUCUCUCGAACAUACAGGAAGGAAGUCCCAAACUAAAGGAGGAAGUAGACACUCCACACAAAUGCUGAGAUGCCUUACUCAGAACAGGAGAGGAGAGGAGAGAACCUGGCCUUGGACCUUGGGGCAUGGCGAUAAAGGGCUGGUGCUGGGAUUGGAUAACGUGGGACAGCAGGGCCCUUUGUGUGACCUAUAGUGGUAAGGGGCUCGUUGAGAACUGAUCCAAUCGUGAUCCUGUGGACUUGACUGACAACUCUUUAACUCUGGAGAGGGGGACAUUAAAUGCCUUGAGUAGAAUAAUGCAGUCAGCAGGAGCAAUUCACUCACAUCAACCUGGAGCAGACAGAAGCAGACCUGGAGAUUCAUUCAUGAACUUUGAGACGCUGGACUCCCACCACUGAAGACCCCACUCACUCUCACAAAGAAGGACUGAUACCACUCUGUGUGUCUGUGUGUCUGUGAGUGUGUGCUCCUGUGUUACUCAAGAGAAAGUCAGCUUGAGAAAGAUAUUAUUAUAAGCCAACCCAUUGGAUGGGCACCCAGACUACAAGAAGCUAUGUUUCCCCUAGCUAAUAGCCUACAGUCUGAAAACAGUUGAUGUCAAACAGAAAGCAAUAAUCACAACAAUCAGUUUAUCACUUUGAUCAACCAGAACCAAUGAGACUCACACAGUUUGUCUGAUGGUUCACAGGACAUAUCAGACCACAUACAGAACUGUAAUUAACUGCCACAAGUCUGCUUAUUAUACCGUAGGUAAUGAUACAUCACUCCAAGCUUCCUUAUUCCUACCCCUAGUGUGAAAUCUCAGUAUGUGUUAUUCAUUCAAACUAAAGCAGGAUAGAGAGAAAAGGAGAGAUCGAGAGAGAGAGAGGUAGAAGUAGAGAGAGAUGUGGAGGGAGAGAGGAAUAGAGAAGGAAAUGCAGAGAGAGACAGACAGACAGACAGACAGACAGACAGACAGACAGACAGACAGACAGACAGACAGACAGACAGACAGACAGACAGACAGACAGAGAGAGAGAGAGAGAGAAUACCUUGCAACCGACUACUCCAGAGCAUAUUCUGCUCUGUAAGGUAGAUAGAUGACACUCAAUGACCCCGAGCUCUUUUAAUGCCUUCUUCCAGCAGCGGUGGAGAUCUCACAACUCACUGGAAACAACGAGUGUGUGAGUGUUAUACAUCUCUGGAGCAGACAAUGAUUCUCUCUGGAAACAACGAGUGUGUGAGUGUUAUACAUCUCUGGAGCAGACAAUGAUUCUCUCUGGAAACAACGAGUGUGUGAGUGUUAUACAUCUCUGGAGCAGACAAUGAUUCUCUCUGGAAACAACGAGUGUGUGAGUGUUAUACAUCUCUGGAGCAGACAAUGAUUCUCUCUGGAAACAACGAGUGUGUGAGUGUUAUACAUCUCUGGAGCAGACAAUGAUUCUCUCUGGAAACAACGAGUGUGUGAGUGUUAUACAUCUCUGGAGCAGACAAUGAUUCUCUCUGGAAACAAUGUGUGUGUGAGUGUUAUACAUCUCUGGAGCAGACAAUGAUUCUCUCUGGAAACAACGAGUGUGUGAGUGUUAUACAUCUCUGGAGCAGACAAUGAUUCUCUCUGGAAACAACGUGUGUGUGAGUGUUAUACAUCUCUGGAGCAGACAAUGAUUCUCUCUGGAAACAACGAGUGUGUGAGUGUUAUACAUCUCUGGAGCAGACAAUGAUUCUCUCUGGAAACAACGAGUGUGUGAGUGUUAUACAUCUCUGGAGCAGACAAUGAUUCUCUCUGGAAACAACGAGUGUGUGAGUGUUAUACAUCUCUGGAGCAGACAAUGAUUCUCUCUGAUCUGAACAAUGUUGCGUGUGGAUGCGUGAUAGCACCCCCGUCUGUCCCCUGCCCGCCUGUUGCCCUUAGCUGCUGUUGUAUGUUCUAUUAGCAUGUACAUAUGUAAACAACCAUGUAACUAUAGCUACUAGCAGGACAGUCCCCUUCCAUAGCCAUCCCUUUGUACAAAUGGUUCUAUGUAUAAAAGAAUGAACAAAAAUAUCUGUGCAACAUUUUGAAAAGGCAAAAAUUAUUUGUAUUAUAUUUGAUGUUAUUUUGUCUUAUAUUUGUUUUUUACAUUAAAAAAAGCAAUUAUAAUAACCUAUUAUUUAUUUGUUAACAUAUACAGUGCAUAAGUGUAGUGUUUUGUUUGUAGCAGACAGUAGGUUAUAACAUGGUUCUGUGACAGCGUCGUCAAUGUUUUCUGUUUUCUUUAUAAUCAUGGACAUUUGGAAGAGCAAUACUGUUAACCACCCCCUCCCUACUCUUUUAGCUUUCUUUAGAUGAACGUGUGUGCGUGUGUAUGUGUGUGCAUGCAAGCGUGUGUGUGUUUCUCUGUGCGUGCGUGUGAGUGUCUCUGUGCGUGCGUGUGUGUGUGUGUGCUUGUGCAAAUGUAAAAGGCCUUGUCUACUAAUGUUAAAUGAUUUGUAGUGGAAACAUUUAUAUUUUUAUAAUAAACAUUCUUAAAAUAUUUUUGGAAAAAUUAAUGCAGAUAAACUUGCCCCUAUGAUUCUUUCUGG